GUCUUGAAUCCUGGGGUGCCCGAAGAAGUUUCAGCUUCCCCAGACUCAACCCGCUCCCGUUUCCCCGUGGGGUACCAUCCAAUUACGCUCCGUUAGACAGCUCUCAUCACUCACCAGGCCGAAAUGACGCUCCUAGCGCUGAAGGAGGACCGGCCGACGCCAAAGGCCGUCUACAACUGGAGGGUUUACGCAUGUGCCGCCGUCGCUUCGUUCGCCUCAUGCAUGAUUGGGUACGACUCGGCUUUCAUUGGCACCACGCUUGCUCUUCCGUCGUUCACCAAGGAGUUCGACUUCGCCUCCUAUGACCCUGACGCCCUGGCUCUCCUGCAGGCCAACAUUGUCUCGGUCUACCAGGCAGGGGCCUUCUUCGGCAGCUUGUUCGCCUAUGGCACCAGUUACUUCCUCGGCAGGCGCAAGUCUCUGUUCGUCUUUGCUGGCGUGUUCCUCAUCGGCGCCGGCAUCAUGCUUGCGGCAAGUUCAGAAAGGGGACUUGGCACCAUCCUUGCCGGUCGAGUCCUGGCUGGCAUCGGGGUUGGCGGGGCAUCGAACAUGGUACCCAUCUACAUCUCCGAGCUUGCGCCUCCCGCCGUUCGAGGCCGGCUCGUUGGCAUCUACGAGCUGGGCUGGCAGAUUGGCGGUCUUGUCGGGUUCUGGAUCAACUACGGAGUGAACACGACUCUUGCUCCCACACGGUCUCAAUGGCUCAUACCCUUUGCAGUACAGCUCAUUCCCGGUGGCCUUCUGUUCCUGGGUGUCCUCUGGAUCAAGGAGUCUCCCAGGUGGCUGUUCUCAAAGGGUCGGAGGGACGAGGCCAUGAAAAACCUUUGCUGGAUACGUAACCUGGAGCCCACCGAUCAAUAUAUCCUAGAGGAGGUCCAGUACAUCGACCAAGACCUUGAGAGGUUUGAGAGGGAGGUUGGGAAGGGUUUUUGGAAGCCGUUCCUUGCCCUCAAGCAGCGCAAGGUCCAAUGGCGCUUCUUCCUCGGCGGCAUGCUCUUCCUGUUUCAAAAUGCCAGCGGUAUCAAUUCGAUCAACUACUACAGCCCCACGGUGUUCCGCAGCAUUGGGAUCACCGGCACAAAUACCGGAUUCUUGACGACAGGUCUGUUUGGCGUCGUCAAGACGGUAUUGACGGUGCUCUGGCUGCUCUGGCUUGUUGAUCACGUGGGCCGGCGCCGCAUGCUCUUCAUCGGUGCCGCGGGCGGUUCACUGUGCAUGUGGUUCAUCGGGGCUUACAUCAAGAUUGCCGACCCAUCGUCGAACCAGGAAGGCGGUAGCAUGUCCAGUGCUGGCAUCGCUGCUAUCUUCUUCUUCUACCUCUGGACAGCAUUCUACACGCCAUCCUGGAACGGAACGCCGUGGGUCAUCAAUUCCGAGAUGUUUGACCAAAACACACGUUCCCUGGGACAGGCAUCCGCGUCGGCCAACAACUGGUUUUGGAACUUUAUCAUCUCGCGGUUCACGCCGCAGAUGUUCCUCAAGAUGGAGUACGGCGUCUACUUCUUCUUUGCGUCUCUGAUGCUACUCUCCAUCAUUUUCGUCUUCUAUCUGAUUCCGGAGACCAAGUCGAUCCCGCUUGAGUCCAUGGACCGCUUGUUUGAGAUCAAGCCGGUGCGCAAGGCUAACAAAGUGCUGAUGGAGGAGCUCGAGUCCCAGGGCUUGAGCGUGGCAGUCGAUGAUGCAUCUCUUUGCACGGGCGAGAAGCCGAAGCAAAGCCAUCUGGAAACAACUAAACAUGUUUGAAUAUGUUAUAUGAGGCCUACGUGGCUUGAAGCGUGAAUGGCGGAUGGAUUUGUUUUUAUUUCUAUUCAUUAAUCGAGGAGGGAGAAGGGGGAGGGGGAGUUUGUUUGGCAGGGGCCGCCGGCCAGGAGGCAGUUGGAGUUGGGUGGUAUGCGAAGGUUCUGG